AUGUACUUGUCAAGUAUGGAUGAAGGAAACAGUGUUGAUAUUGACGAUAACUCACAAACACGACAAGGAACAACACCGCCUGUUACUUCUAAUCCGUCACAAUCUUCGUCACCAUCUUGUCCUACUUUACUUGUCAUAGACGAUAAUUCAUAUUCUAAUGAUAUAUCGCUAAAUACAACUGACAUUCCAACAGAUUCUGCGCUUUCUCCCGCUCAAAUAAAUAAUGUUCAAGGAACAUCAUCUUCUCCGUUGCCUACCAUAGAGCAUUCAGAAGAUACACCUGCACAACAACGUCGUCGAACUUCAUCUGUAGCAAAACUCCUUGGUGGUCAACCAUUAAAUAAUCAACAAUAUGAAGAAAUUAACCAACAAAUCCUUGAUGAUCAAUCAACUCAAAGUGUAACUAAUAAUAAUGAUAAUGGAUCAGAGACGGGAAUACAACGUUCACGCAGUUCUAUUACAAGAACUUUACUAAUGAAUACAGAACGAAGUGAUAAUACAUCGAAGAUGACAAUAACAAAAGCACGACCAUCAUCACCAGAAUAUUCAAAAGACUUUGAAUAUUUAAUACGUCGAGAACUUGAUGUUGAACAUGCACCAUCAACACUUACUAGAAAUAGUUCGACACCUAGCAUAUUUCAGAAUCUCUCUAGUGCUCGUAAUACACCUAAUAAUGCUCAAGCAUUGUUACAAUCAAAAUUAAAACGAAAAAGAGUCACUCCGAAACAACCAGUGUCAACACCACCACCACUGAAUAAAUCAUCAAAUAGUGCUCCAUUUACUAUACGUGAUCCAUUUGAACUUGAUUGUUCAGCAUCAUCGUUAAAUUCAACAUCAAGUCAUCGUCCUCAUCAUCAUCAAAAUGAUUUAUAUCGUUUCGAUACAUCACAUCAUCAUCAUUCUCAUCAUCAAAAUCAACAACAACAACAACAACAACAACAACAACAACAACAACAACAACAACAAUAUUCAUCACCAAUAAACAGUUCAACAACUAAUUCAGCUCCAUUUACUUAUCAUAAAUUAAAUCUAAAUUCACCAGCCUAUGCACAAUUUAAUAUUCAUCAUAAUCACUUAUCUACAACACCUUGUUCAUCUUCAUCUUCCUCAUCAUCAUCACCAUCAUGCAAUUGUUGUCGUUAUCCUGUGACAGCUGAACUAGCAUUACCGACUCCUGUUUCACCUUUAUCACUUAAUGCAUCAUCGCCUUCUAUUGUACCACAUCAAACAAUUGCGACGUCAUCACGUAAAACUAAAGCGACAAAUAAUCGACCAGAUAUAUAUGAAAUUCCAAUGCAACGAUCACUUUCUACCAUAUCUAAUCCAUCGAAUGCCUCGUUAUCGUCACCACCAUUAUCAUCUGGUCACAGUGUACCAUUAAAAAAACGUUUACUUCAUGCCUAUAAAAAUGAACAACGUCCUUCAUCAUCUCUGUGA